CUUCUACUUGUCUUUUGUGAGAAUUAUGUCAGACCAUCAAUUUUGUUAUUCAAAUUAUGAUUCUCAAUCUCAGUCUAACUCUAACCGCUUUCAAUCAGAUUCCAAAUCUCUAUGGUCUCAGCCAAGCCUCCCAUCAGUUCCUUCCCUCACCUCCCAAAUUCACCUGCAACAAUACUAUCUUUCCAACAUCCAGCACCACUGCCUCACCACUCUAAAAGGCCACACCUCCUAUGUCUCCUCUCUCACCUUCGCUGGAAAGUUCCUUUAUUCAGGCUCUUCUGAUAAAGAAAUCAGAUUAUGGAAGCGCAACACCGAAUUUGAAUAUGAAAAUUUAACCAAUAACAUACUAGCUGUGGGAAAGGGUGCUGUGAAGUCCUUGGUGGUGUUAACUGAUAAGCUCUUCAGUGCUCAUCAAGAUCACAAGAUACGAGUAUGGAAAAUUAAUAAUGAUGAUCCUGAUAACCAAAAGUACACUCGGUUGGCAACCUUACCAACGUUGAGUGACCGUGCCACGAAACUUCUCCUGCCCAAAAAUCAUGUUCAAAUUCGAAGACACAAGACGUGCACCUGGGUCCAUCAUGUUGAUACAGUAUCUGCACUGGCCUUAUCCAGGGAUGAGACCCUUUUAUAUUCUGUUUCCUGGGACAGGACACUCAAAAUCUGGAGAACCAGUGAUUUCAAAUGCUUGGAGUCAGUAACAAAUGCUCAUGACGAUGCAAUAAACGCAGUGGCAUUAUCCAAUGAUGGAGACGUUUACACAGGAUCAACUGACAAGAAAAUCAAGGUGUGGAGAAAAAAUUCAGGAGAGAAAAACCAUUCUCUAGUUGCUACACUAGAAAAACAUAACUCCGGGAUCAACGCUUUAGCAAUAAGUCUUAACGGGUCUACCUUGUACUCUGGUGCAAGCGACAGGUCCAUAGUCGUCUGGGAGAAGGAUGGAGGCGAUGGCAUGAGAGUGGCUGGUGCACUUAGGGGGCAUACAAAGUCUAUAUUGUGCUUGGCAGUUGUGUCGGAUUUAGUUUGCAGUGGUUCAGCAGAUAAAACAAUUAGAAUCUGGAAGAAAGGGGCAGAUGGAAAUUAUUCUUGUUUGGCAGUCUUGGAAGGGCAUAAUGGCCCUGUCAAGUGCUUAGCCGGAGCAGUUGAUCGUUUCAACCCUUCGGAUACUUCCUAUGUUAUUUAUAGCGGAAGCUUGGACUGUGACAUCAAGGUGUGGCAGAUUGUUGUUCCCGUCCUCUAGAGAGGACUUGGUUUUUAUUACUUAUAUUCUUCUCCAAGCCAUUUUUGUACUAAGAAAGCACAGUGUUUGUAAUUUGUAUAUUUAUUUUCUGAAUUGGUUUCUAUGGCUAAGGCUGUAGCAGGUAUUAAUGUUGAGUCAUGAGAAUUCUAAUUUCUCAACAAGCAAAUGACUUGCAACCAUUGACUUCAUAACAGGCAAAAAAGUAAAAGGUACAACGAGACAAUAACUACUGUUCUUGGGUUUAGUUGUCAAGAACCUACCUGCUGCUUACAAGCUGUUUCACCUUUCUAUCACCAAGAAAUUACUUGCAAUAAUUAUUUCUGAGUAAUUACUAAUAUUCAAAUCAAACACUGGAAGCUUCUGCUUUUUUGAGUAGUUUAGUUGCCGAGCAUCCAUGAUCCAUCCAUAUCUAUCCGGACAAUUCCCUAUUUUUGUGUGACUAAUUCCCUAUGUUUGGAUUAGUUGGCAGUAUUCACGCUUGGAGAUAGUAAGUUCGGAGGAACUUACACUCUUAAUAUCCUCUUCAAGUAAGAGUAGGGGAUCAGCGGUAGAAUAGGAAAUUAAAAAAAGGGAAUGUCAAGGCAAAUCUUGGUUGGGAUUGUGGGAUUCUAUUAUGUGUAAUACGAGACUAGUAACGCAUUGCCAAAAAGCAAGGUUAAUCAUGCUUAAAUCCAUGCUUUCUUUUUCUUCCCUAUGAAGAACUGUCAAGCAUUAUUUUAAGUUGGAUUAUCCAUCUUCAAUAUGAUAUAUAGGAAACAGAGAUAAGGAUCUUACUUUAACAUUAAGUUUAGCAAUUUAUAUAAAGUGAUGAAUGGUACUACUGAUUAGGAUUGAUCUUCAUUGGAGGUGAAAAAGUUAUAAACAGAAC